GCAAAUUUUUUAUGUGAAUUGUGUAGGAAAUUGUGAUUAAUUGAUUAUAGUGUGUAUUCCUGAUCAUUCACGUGUAUCAAACCAGUUAAAUGCUGUGUUUCAGUUCACUUAAUUGUGAUAAUUUUUUGUAAUUUCAUAAGUAUGUUACACACGUGUACCAACUUGUUGCCCAAACAAUACCGAUUACGACUGAAUAGUAAUUUGCAGCUGUGAUGAGAUACAUUAGUUUCACAGGUUACGUUUCGUGUGUACAAAUUCCAUGAAAAAUGAUAUGUCCAGGAAUUUUUGAGGUCUUACGAUUAACUAGUAACAAUGAAAUGCGGCAAAUUUUACUGUGUUACUGAAGUUUUUCCUCUCAAAGCAACUUAAACUGCUGAAAGUUACUUUGCGAACUUUGUGUACUAAAUAUGUGUCAGCGUACUUCGUUGACACUUGUUCCUCCGCAAAUAUGGGUUUUCUGAAAUUGCAGUUUCCUUUGCCUAAUGCCAGGACAGGUUUAUUAAAGGGUCAUUGCACGUCAAAUCAACAAAUGAAACCAUCGUUUUCAACCUUACCCUCUUCGAUUUAAAUGAAAUUAAGUAUGCCUGUAUUACUCAUAAAUAGUACUACAAAUUAAUUUUUUCACAUAUUUCUGAUAAAAAGUUACCGAGUAAUGGACUUUCAAAAAUUGAAAGAAGACAGAUUUUUGACUCGUGGAACAAUGUUGUUUUCUUUAUAACUCGUGUUCUAAUUAAGCUAGAACAAUAAAAUAUCUUCAUUGGAAAGCUCUUUUAAAGAGCUUUUAUAUGAUACCAAACAAACAACAUUAUUGAAUUUUGAAAAACUGUAUUUUUAAACUUCUCAAAAAAAAAAAAAAAAAAAAGUAUGUGAAAGAUACACUUCACAUCUACAUAUUCUGAAAGUUUCAACUUGUGAUGAGCAUGGGAUCACUGUCUAAAGCAAUUUUAUGUUUACCACAAUUCUCCAAAAUCACAGUCAGUACCUGCAAAAAUGCCGUCAGAAGUUCAGAGUGGCAGAUGUCCUCUGGGCAUUAAUGACUUACCAGAUGAAAUUCUGAUAAUCAUCUUCUCCCACUUGUCAUUGUCUGAACUCCUAGAUGUUCAGAAAGUGUGCCAUCAUUGGAAAACACUGUCUCGAGCUCCGGAGUUGUGGAACCACAAGGAAUAUCUGAUCGGCUGUCCAUCAGUUAGACCGCGUGAUACUUUACGUGGACACUACCGCGCGAGGCAGUUUGGCGCGACUGACCGGGAGGCGAUAGAGUUUCUCCCCAAUGCUCCGGAUCUACGGAAAGUGCGUAUGCUGCAACCUGUCUCACCUUGUGUUAUCAGAGCCCUGUAUACCAGUUGCCAUAGACUUUCCGAGCUGUCCCUGGUUAGCUUGCAGAGGAUCAACUACCCAAUGCUCAAGAACUUGGUUGAGAAGUGCCCCAAAAUAAAUUCACUGACGAUACCCAGUGAAGUGAUGAGGUCAGAGAUACUUGCACAGGCAGUCUCUCACUUGGAGCAUCUACGUGUCCUCUGUCUGGGAGAAUACGAUUCUAGCAAUGAAACACCUCUUCUGCUGCGCCCAAUAGCUGAUAGUUGCCCACAGCUAGAAGAAGUUGACUUCACAUUCAGCUAUGUCAAUAUGGAUGAUCUGGAAUACUUCCUGGAAGCCAAGAACAACACCCUUAAGUCCAUACGCAUAAAGUGGACAAUGGCUGGGUGUGUCACCCCACUACUCGCAUCCUGUGCUGGUGGCUUGGAACGUCUGAGGCUUUACAAGUAUGAUGUUCACGUCGAAGAGCUGGAGGCCUUUACUGCUCUUGGAAGAAUGGAGAAUUUGCAGGAACUUAAAAUGGGGUGGAUUGACCCAUCACCUGGUACAGCUGCUCUAGCAUUUAAGGAUGGAAGGCUACGGAAACUGAGAGCACUGGAUCUACGUUGUUCAUCUGCCCUGGACGAUGCCACAGUAAUUGCCAUCUGUCGUGGGUGCCCCGCUUUACGUGAACUCAAUCUCUGGGGUGCCGAUAAGCUGUCUGAUUUUGCCUUCUCGGAGAUCUACCGUCUGCAACUUCUUGAAAUAUUGGAUGUGUCAUGUUGCAAAGCUCUUGGUGGGGCUCUGAUCCCUUUCCUCACCGGCCUACCACGACUUCACACAUUAAUCAUGGAAGAAAUGAAUUUUCUAAAAUUGGAACCAGGUCUAAGUAGUAUUGUCAAAUUGUCCAACUUGCGCCGCCUGUCACUGCAGAAUUCCAUAGUUACUGGAGUUCCAUUUGAUCAGUUUGCAAGCAAGCUUGUAAGACUCAGGAACCUGAAUGUCAAGUGGUGUCGACGUGUGCCCGGGGGUGUGAAACGCCUGACGGAACUGAUGCCAGCUGUCAGAAUCCAUGGCAGCUUCAAGGAAUGGGACCUGCCUGAAGACAUCGUGAGACUUUUUUGAAGAUCUUUGUGGGAAUCUGCCAUUAAUUUUGUUCUGGCGUAAAGUCAAAUGCUGGCACCACGGUAGAGCAGAGAAGGCUGUGAAGAAAACGUCAGCAAAUACUACACAGACUGACUCCCCUC